CAGGUGUUUUGUUGUCUGUGAGAAGCGAAACUUUCGCCUGCACAGCAGACCAAUUGGGCUUCUAGAAAGAUUUGUUUUAACAAUCUCCAGUCUAUAGAUCUCUUUUCCAAAACAGUCAGCUGAGCAAUGGGGAAUUCUACGGGCUGCACUGUGGACGACCUGCAGGCCGUUGAAAUGCAUCUUUGGUAUAAGAAGUUCAUGACCGAGUGUCCAUCGGGUCAGCUCACACUGCAUGAGUUUAAACAGUUUUUUGGACUCAAAUGUCUGGAUCCAGAAGCUAAUGCUUACAUUGAGCAGAUGUUCCGCACCUUUGACAUGAACAAGGAUGGAUAUAUAGAUUUCAUUGAGUAUGUGGCAGCUCUCAGUCUAGUAAUGAGAGGCAAGAUGGAGCACAAACUGAGGUGGUACUUCAGACUUUAUGAUGUGGAUGGCAAUGGCUGCAUAGACAGACAUGAGCUCCUAAAUAUCAUCAAGGCCAUCCGCGCCAUCAAUGGCAGUGAGACGCAGGAAUUGAGCGCCGAGGAGUUCACAAACCGUGUAUUUGAUAGGAUUGACAUCAAUGGAGAUGGUGAGCUGUCUCUGGAGGAGUUUGUAGCGGGAGCACGCAGUGAUGAAGACUUUAUGGAGGUGAUGAUGAAGAGUUUAGACCUCACGCACAUAAUGGCCAUGAUACAUAACAGGAGACACAGCGUAUAAGAGCCUGUCCACAUUCACACAUCUGAACGGCCUGGUCUUACGGACUCUUCUCAAACUACACCAUCCUUAUUGAUUGGGUGAAUGAGACUUUCUAAUUAUACAACACUUUCAAGAACAAGCUACAGAGGCAAAGAGAUGAAAAUGGUGUGGGACGUCCCACAUCUAAUAUACUGUUUAUCAGGAAAACGCCAUCUUGAAAGACACAGAGAGAGGCUUCAUGAGAAAAAUGUCAAUCUAAUGUGGACAAGUCCAUUUGUAGGGUUUAAUUAUUAUUUAUUACUUUUGGCAAAAAAGAGGAAAACAUUGUUUUCUCCUUUUAUAUAUAUAUAUAUAUUGCUCAUACUAGAUUGAAAAAUAGCUGAUUAAUAUUAGGUAAAUGAUAAUAUUCCCAUGAACCAUAAAGAUUUUGGGUUAAAAUGUAUAAGAAUGUAUACAUUUAUAUGAAUGUACAAAAUAUAUAUUAGGUGGUGUGACUAGUCACCAUUUGUUUUUUACCAUCACUCCACAUUUUCAACAUUUGAAUCACUUUUUAACUUGGAAGUUCACCUCAACAGCUACUGUAAGCAAUGGGUCAACAGAACAUUUAGAAAAAAAAGAAAAGCUAAUGAGGUCAUAAACUUCAUUGCAAAUAUUAUAUUGUCAAUAAAUAAUGCAAUGUCUUUGGAGUAUAGCAUGUCACAGCAGAGAUUUCAAUGCUUGAAAUUUCAUGACACUACCCUAAUACAACCUAUACUAAGUCUGGAAUUCUUACUUGUGUAAUAGAUAUGCGCAUAAUGUGAAUGUGGCUUGUUGUGUGUUUGCAAAUCUGUUAAACAGUUUCUUUGAAGCCAUAGUCACUUUCUAAAGGUGCCUUCUGUUGUAGGACUACAGUAUCUAUUUUUGUAUUGCUCAUAAACUGCUUGUGCUUCUAUCUGUACAUUAAAAUGUAAUAAAUAACAGGUCUAAGUUCAUGCAUGAAAUAAUUAUUUGCAG